GGCCGGGUGAGGUGGCGGUUUGAAUCGGGCCCUGAGGAAUCGCGUCAUGUCACGGCCGAAGAAUCAAAACUACAAGGGCUACGGAUUGUCAAAGGGAAAAGAACGAGAGCAGAGAGCAUCAAUCCGGUUCAAGACCACUCUUAUGAACACUCUUAUGGAUGUCCUUCGCCACAGACCGGGAUGGGUGGAAGUAAAGGACGAAGGGGAGUGGGAUUUCUACUGGUGUGACGUCAGCUGGCUCCGGGAGAACUUCGACCACACCUACAUGGAUGAACACGUGCGGAUCAGUCACUUCCGAAACCACUACGAGCUGACCCGCAAGAACUACAUGGUGAAGAACCUGAAGCGGUUCCGGAAACAACUGGAGCGCGAGGCAGGAAAGCUGGAGGCAGCCAAGUGCGACUUCUUCCCCAAAACCUUUGAGAUGCCAUGCGAGUACCACCUGUUUGUGGAGGAGUUCCGUAAAAACCCAGGAAUCACCUGGAUCAUGAAGCCUGUAGCCCGGUCCCAGGGGAAGGGCAUCUUCCUAUUCCGGAAGCUGAAGGACAUCAUGGACUGGAGGAAGGGCACUGCUGGGAAGAAGCUCACCAGCUUGGAGGCCCAGCAGGCCCGGAGUGCUGUCAAUCCCUCUGGCAGCCACGACUCAAGAUGUUCAGAUGACCAGAAAGAAGAAAUUCCUGUGGAGAAUUAUGUAGCGCAGCGUUAUAUCGAAAACCCCUAUCUGAUAGGAGGCCGCAAGUUUGACCUGCGUGUCUACGUGCUGGUGAUGUCGUACAUCCCCCUGCGGGCCUGGCUGUACCGGGACGGCUUCGCCCGCUUCUCCAACACCCGCUUCACACUCAGCAGCAUUGAUGACCAGUAUGUGCACCUCACCAAUGUCGCCGUGCAAAAGACGUCCCCUGACUACCACCCAAAGAAGGGCUGCAAAUGGAUGCUGCAGCGCUUCCGACAGUACCUGGCGUCCAAGCACGGGCCAGAAGCAGUGGAAUCGCUCUUCAGCGACAUGGACAACAUCUUCAUCAAGAGCCUGCAGAGUGUGCAGAAGGUGAUCAUCAGUGACAAGCACUGCUUUGAGCUGUACGGCUAUGACAUUCUCAUAGACCAGGACCUCAAGCCAUGGCUCCUGGAGGUCAAUGCGUCCCCAUCGCUGACAGCCAGCAGCCAGGAGGACUAUGAGCUCAAGACCUGCCUCCUGGAAGACACCCUGCACAUCGUGGACAUGGAGGCCAGGCUCACAGGAAGGGAGAAGCGAGUGGGAGGCUUUGACCUCAUGUGGAAUGAUGGCCCUGUCAGCAGAGAAGAGGGGGUUCCCGACUUGUCAGAAAUGGGGAACUUUGUGACCAACACACACCUUGGUUGCAUCAAUGAUCGAAAAAAACAGCUGAGGCAGCUGUUCCGCUCCCUUCAAGGCCAGAAGAAACCUUCCAGCUAAUACCCAGCCGCU